AUGAGGGCCUCUCUGGUCUCGUUGCUCGUCCUUGCGGGAGUCGUGAGGCUGGUGUCUGGAUCUGCGUUCACCGACGCCUUGGGCGCGGCCCCGCAGUGUGCUGUCCGUUACAUGCGCUCUCAAGGCUCUGCCUCAGUAACCCUGCACCAUCGACAACACGACAUGUCUGUCACGGCACGCUACACGUUGAUUUUCCUGCUUAUCCUACCGAUCUCGUUCUUCGCCGCCCGGAUGAUUGCUAGAGGUCUGCACCUAACGACAUGGGGAGCUGAGGACACAACGAUUGUGCUGGCUUUUAUAUUCUUCUUGCCGUUUGUGCCAAUAACAUUCGUCAACAUUUUCAAGCUUCACCCCUAUCAAAUUACAAUGUUUCUGAAGUUACUCUUUGUCCUUCAACUGUUCUACAUCCUGGAUCUUGCGGUGAUCAAGGCCUCGAUCAUCUGUCUGUACCUUCGAGUCUUCAGCAUUAGUUUGUUCAGAACAGUUUUGUGGUGCACGCAGGGCUUCAACUUCCUCCUUGGGUUCUCCUACGUCCUCCUGAGCCUGUUGCAAUGCCAGCCGCUCAACCACUAUUGGAACGGAUGGGACGGCCGGCAUCCCGGCAAGUGUGCCGAUCUGAACUUGAUCGGACUCACCCAUGUCGCACUCAACAUUGGGUUGGAUGUCUGGGUGCUUAUUCUGCCGGCAUCCCAAGUGUACAAGCUCAACCUUCCUUUAAAGAAGAAGUUGGGAGUCAUGGCAAUGUUUGGCGUUGGUGUCUUCCUCACAAUCGUGAGCAUUAUCCGGAUCAAAAGUUUACUCGUCUUUGCCACAUCUUUCAACAUCACUGCUGAGACUCUAUGGGGUAUCAUCUGGUCUUAUGUCGAGCUCUGCGUCGGAAUUUCCGUCGCCUGCAUGCCAGCUGCCAGGCAGCUUGCUGUCAAGUUCUUCCCGAAACUCAUCGAUUUGACCCGCCAGAGUUUGACGAGGUCUACGAGGUCUGCCAGAUCAACCCAAAACACAAACACCGAACUGCGACCUGUAUCCAACAGCCGAAGAUCUAUGAAGUCCGACAAUACAGGAGUCUCUAUUCUUCAACCAGAUACCCGGUCUUUAACAGACACAAAUACACCAAAAAGCGCCACUUUUACGAUAGGUGGCUCACGGCAGCAGAAAUGA